AUGGGCCAUGCGCUCGAGUUCGAGCACGGACGGAGCGUUGUUCGUCAUGAGCUCUUCCAGGAGGCGAUGGGCGCGAUGAACCAGCUUGGUGAAGAACUCGCGGGUGUCGACGCACGCCUCAUGGCCGAGAGUCUUCGAUUGGCGGAGGAGCGGCACAAGUUGAAGGUGGCCAUCAACCUCGGGCGUCACCAGCGCGAGCUUGAUAAUGCGAAGGCUGGAGCUUCUCUCGCGACCUCGCGUGAAGCCUGCUCCCGAGCCCUGGAAGAGGCCCGAGAAGCCGACCGCCGCCACGAGGCCGCGGAGAAGCGCGCAGCCGGCCUUGCGUUGCUGAGGGGGACGCCCGCCGAAGAGGAAGAGAUCCGGAGGCGCGAGGAGGCGUUGGCACUGGAAGCCGUGGAGCAUAGCCUCGAGCUUCAGCGGUUGGAGACGAGGGAGCGUCAAGUUGCCCAAGCGGAAGAUGUCGUUGGUGCACGCGAGGCCAAGGCUCAGGAGGAGGUCGAUCGCCGGGUGGCCGAGGUUUGCGCGGGUCUUGAGGGUAGGCAUGACCUGGAGCUGCAGCUUGCGGAGACGGAGGCUGCAGGUAGGGCCACUGCCCUUAGGCCCAGGCUAGCUGAGGUAGAGAGGCGCGAGGAGGCCACGGCAGCCGCUCUGGUCAUGGCGCAGGCGGAACUGGCCUUCACCCGCGCCGAGAUGCUCUCCCUUCAGAAGCGGGUUGCUGACGCCGAGGCCAUCGCACGACAGAACAGGGAGGAAGACGCGGUGGUGGUCGCGGCAGACGAGGGUGACGUGGUCGACGACGGUGAUGGUGACGCCGUCGAAGGCGAUGAUGAUGCCGGCGGAGGUGAUGACGGCGCUAGCGACGCAUCCGAAGGCGAUGCGGCGAGCGACAUGUCCGACUGA